AUGGCAGAAGGAAGAGAGCUCGAAUUGCUUAUUUCCCACCUUAGAAAUGUGCCUAUCAGUGAAGAGCCGGAUAAGUACACAGACAUGCUGGAAAGCAUACGAUCACACCCGCACAAGGCAGAGAUAAUAGAUAGUGUUCUUAGGAAUGUAGACAACAACACGGUGUUUCUUAGCGUGAUUCCCGCGUACCUGAGGAGUGAAGCCUCGGAUGCAAGCCCUUCUAUUCUACUAAAAAUAAUAGAGAAAAGCCGGAGCGUGUGCAUAGAGUCGCAGUGCAACUUCGACAUGCUGUGCCCUCUUUUGUUUGCGUGCCUCUCUGAGAGAAAGCUGCUAAUAGAGGUUAAGAGCGCGGUGUUUAAGAUAUUUGAGGAAACGGCAUUUGACGCUCGCACUGUGCGCAGCGCGGCCUUGGUAAUGCUGCAGCACGAGCACACCACAAACAUCCUCACCGAGGUCAUACUGUACAUAAGCGCAAUGCACAAAAUGUCGGAGGAGAGGCGCGCAGAGGGCGGCGAAGAGAUGCUUUCUGGAAUACUGGAGUACCUGCUCGUGGAGAGCGAAGCCAGCAAGAGCACGGGCCUGCAGAAGAAUUACAGCAGCUUGAUUCUUAAAGUGGGCGAGUCUAUUCGCAUGCAGGGCGUGUUUGACCUUAUUGAGCCGCUCACGCAGAGCAUCACUUCAGAGGUCCAGUGCAUACGCAACUCUGCGAUAGAGUCUGCCGUCUUGGUGUGCCGAACUUUGAAGGGGCAGAUCGAGCAGGACCGGAAGGGCGAGAAGGAGCUUUUUACGGUGCUUUCUGCUGUUAUAGAGAGAGCGUCGGAUGUGAGCCCCUUUUGCAGGAGCAGGGCCGUCCACUCCCUCACAGACAUUCUCUGCAACCAUGGGAUACUGGAGGAUCUGAAAGGCCCUGUGUAUGCGGCCAUGCAGGAGCGGAUUAUGGACAAAACGCAAAUAGUCCGGAGAAAGGCCAUUUUGUUCUUUAAGCGCGCAGUUGAGACACAUCCGUACGCCUUGGAUGGGGGGACCCUAUCCGCAGACAGAAUACAGAAGCACAAAAGCACAGACGCAAAAUACUACGAAAGUGCAAUGAGCUUCUACCAGGCAAUACACGCAAGCGUUGAAAACAUAAAGAGGCUGAUCCAUGCAGGAAGCAAGGGAGAAAUAACCGAAAUCAUCCAGUACAUCUCACUGUGCUACUCGUACGGCAUAGAGAAUGCGCUGGAGGUGUUCCCCAGCCUGUUUUUGUUCUCGUGGCAGAGGCUCACACUCGACGGAAGAAACACGGCGGACACGCUCUCGGAGGAGCUCAGAAGAAUGGCAGACGGAAGCUCCAAGCGGCUCAUAGACUUAAUGCUGCACUUCGACUCGGACACGCUCGCAUACGAAGGAAUAAUUAGAGAGCUCACUCUGAGGGGGAUCCUGGGAAUCGAGGCAGUGAACACGCUUUUCUACAGAAUCGACGCGCAGGAGAACAUUGCAUGCCUGCGGCUGCUCAGACGAAUAUCCGCCACGGACAGGUCGGUCACAGAGAGCGCACUCCCCCGCAUCCACAGCAUUCUUGCGCGAAGCGAAAACAUACCGGUCAUAAGCGAGUGCGUGCGCAUUUUGGGAAAUCUUGACUACAGGCUGGGAAACACGUCGGAAACCAUCCAGGCCAUUGUAAAGUCGCUCGAGCGGGUGGACGAGGCCAAUCUUGAGCUUCUUCAGGCAAUCAUAGACACCGGGUACUUGGUCAGCACAGACCCAGACUCACUUGCCGUGGACGUCCUGGGCGCGCUUGUCCACAGGGAGAUGCGGGUGCCCGUGAUAUUUGCCGUGGGGCACAUCGCGAUUAAAGAGGCUGUGCACCUGGAGAGGGUGGAGGCGGCGUGGAGCUAUCACAGCAAGCACACGCCUGCAAACCCGGCCAAGAAGCACAGAGACAGCGUGUCGUGCCCGGAGAUCAGAGAAAGAAGGCUGAGCGUGGGCUCGAGAAAAAACAGCAUGAAGAACACCACAGAGGAGCAGGAGGAGAUGGCAGAUAGAGUAUUCUUCAGCAAAGAGCACGAGAUCAUAUUCGGAGAAGAGUCCGUUCUGAAAAGCUUCCUGAACGUCGUGGUAUGUGGGCUCGGCAGCUCGGAGGCGCUGGUUAAGAAGAUCUCGCUUAUAUCCCUGGGGAAGAUUAUGAGCGUAAGCAGCGAGUGCAGCACCCGCUUUAUGCCACAGGUGGUGCAGAUGCUUUCCGACGAAGAGAGUGAGGUACAGGUGAUUGCGCUGGUCAUUAUAUCGGACUCGGUCAUGGCGUUCAGCAGCUUGGUAAAGAGCGCAGGCGCCAGCCUGUUUUUGCCGCUGAGAUCUGACUCCGAGGAAGUGAGAAUGACGGCGCUCGUUCUUAUACGGCACCUUCUGAGAAGCGGCAUGAUAAAGGUGAAGGACAACUACUGGAGCCUUUCUCUGCUGCUCCUGGAAGAGAGCACAAUCCGGGCAACUGCGCAGAAGCUUUUUGAGGAGGCUUCGGAGCGAGAAACUCCCAUGAAGAUUAUAUGCGAGGUCAUAAAGUCGUACCUAAUUGAGAAGGGCGCGGCAGAGGCGGAAGGCGCCGGAGAGCCUGGCGAUGAGCACCAGCAGCUGGUUCUUGUGGUCAAGUCGCUCCUGAAAAUUUCAGGCGUGGCAGACCUCCCCAGGAAGUUGUGCGAGUGGGCGGCCUCUAAGAAUGACGCAGCAGUGAAUGCGGCCUGCUCCGCUGUAGUAGAAGAGGUUUCUAAGGCAAGCGUGCCAGCAUAA